CACAACCGCGCGCGCGCGUGCACGCACAGAAGGCGGAAAUGCAGCGGAUGUCGCUGAGCGUCAGGAUUACAGUAAGUGUUAUUAUUUGUCUAGAAAACGUCUGAUGACCGGGAAGCACUUCUUCAGCGAGACGGACAUCAAGAGCUCAUGGGAGCAGGUGCUGACGGCCUUCUGGCAGAGAUACCCAAACCCAUACAGCACUCAUGUUCUGACGGAGGAUGUAGUUUUCCGCGAGGUGACGCCGGAUAACCUGCUCCUGACCCGGCGGCUCCUGACGAAGACCAAUCGUCUCCCUCGAUGGGCGGAGCGCGUCUUCCCCGGAAAUCUGUCGCGCUCGGUUUACAUCAUCGAGGAUUCAGUCGUCGACCUGGGAAACAGAAGCCUCACGACGCUGACCUGGAACGUAAAUCACGCUAAACUCAUGCGUGUGGUGGAGCGCUGUGUGUUCGUGGGCGAGCGAGACCGCUCUGUUUGGACGCGGAUCACCAGAGAAGCCUGGGUCUCUUCAGGAGUCUUCGGUCUCUCCAGACCCAUUCAGGAGUUUGGUUUGGCCAGAUUCAGGAGCAAUCAGGUGAAAUCAAUGAAGGGUUUGGAGCACGCACUGUCAAAUCUACAGAAAGCAUCGGCCAUGUGUCCUGGAGAUUCUGCCGAGAAACACAAAAACAUGAAUUCAGCCUCCAAAACCCAGAAACCUCAGCAAUACAUAUGAUCAGUUUGAACAAAGACUGAAUUUCAUCAUCAUAUCAGGUCACAACCAAAAUAUCUGAAGAAAAUGAAAGGAAUACCACAAUGAUUUUUAGGAAUAUCACCAUUUUUAUCAUCAUAAAAUUAAUUUAUUUAAUUUAUUUUCCCCCAGUUCUCGUGACUGCUAUGCAAAAAGAUUAUUUAAACUGUGAAGUAUUUAUUUAUAUAUCAUUUGUAUCAUUCGUUGUACUGCCUUUAAGAUGAUUUCAAUUAUUUAUUUAUUUCAAAUCACUGUAUUGUUUAAUUACAAUAAAGAAUCACCGCAAAACUAAGUUUAUAUCCCAAUUCACAGUUAAAAUCUCAUAAUUUUG